AUGUCGUCCAGGAUGCCUCGUAGGAAAAAGCAGGACGGGAUCGAUGACGAUAACAUCAUAAAUUUCACUACGGAAGAGCCUUCGACUGGUGAUAUCGACCUUAGGCGAUCGUCUCGGCGCCUCAUUGCCAUGAUGGAACCCCAGUCUUCAAAUGCUACCGGCCACAAAUCCAAGGCUGCAGCACCCCAAACCAAGAGACCCAAAGGUCGCAAGAUGGCCCCCAAAAGCUCCGACGCUACACCGCAGAACCAGAGCGACGACGUGAGCAGCGAUGCCGAGUCGAAUUCAACUUCGGAGUUCUACCCGGACGGGGUCAACGACCAGCGUGCAAAGGGUGUUGGGAGUGCCAUUCAGUGCUUGUCGCGGCUGGAAAGACGACUUCAGCGCAACCUAAAGAAGCAGCAGCUCAAGGUGGAGAAGAGCGUUGAUUCUUUGGACGCAGGCACUCACGUAUCAGCGGCGCAAAAGUCGCGCCCGACGCGAUGCAUAGGGGAUCUCAACACGCCACCACCAACAGCACCUGUGGAAAAACACGAACUCAUAGAUCCCGAUGCGCCGCGGGUUCCUACUGCAAAGAGAGAUUUGCCCAUAGAAAAUGGCAAACCUGCUUUCAAAAAGCCAACCCCUAGGAAAGCAAGCCAACGAGAACCCAAAGUCGCCGAGAGCGUAGAUCAGACGCUGGCAGAGGCUGAACGGGGUGCGGCCAGACCGCCUGCUGUUGAUAGCGACUACCUGCCACUACCAUGGACGGGUCGAUUAGGAUACGCAUGUCUCAAUACUUAUCUACGCUCAGCAAAACCUCCAGUUUUUAGCUCGCGCACCUGUCGCAUGUCCUCCAUCAUAGAUCACCGCUACCCUCUUGCUGACCCUACUCAGCCCGAGCAUCCCAACAAGAACCGCCCAGACAAGUCGCAAAUGCCAGACAGGAAAAGAGGUCAGGAAUUCGUGCAGAAGCUCGGUUUGGCAAACGCACGGGACAUUGACAAAAUGAUACGCUGGAAUGAACGCUACGGGAUCCGUUUUAUGCGUCUCAGUUCUGAAAUGUUUCCAUUUGCCAGUCACGAGGAGCACGGCUAUAAGCUUGCUCCAUUUGCUUCGGAGGUGCUUGCUGAGGCUGGAAAGACUGCGGCCAAGUAUGGCCACCGGCUCACCACCCAUCCUGGCCAGUUCACACAGCUUGGAUCUCCUCGUGCCGAGGUCAUCACUGCAUCAGUCCGGGAUCUGGAAUAUCACGAUGAGAUGCUUACACUGCUCGAGCUGCCUGAGCAACAGGAUCGCGAUGCGGUCAUGAUUUUACACAUGGGUGGCGUUUAUGGGGACAAAGCAGCCACCCUCGACCGCUUCCGCCACAACUAUACGACGCGUUUGUCAGAUUCAAUAAAGCGUCGACUGGUGCUUGAGAACGACGAUGUUUCCUGGUCGGUUCACGAUCUUCUUCCGAUAUGCGAAGAGCUCAAUAUCCCAUUGGUCCUCGACUUCCACCAUCACAAUAUCGUCUUUGAUUCCGAGAAGGUGCGGGAAGGUACAGCCGAUAUAGUACCCCUUUUCCCUCGAAUACGAGCGACUUGGGACCGUAAGAACAUCAAGAUGAAGAUGCACUACAGCGAGCCCUGCGCGGGCGCCGUGACACCGCGGGACCGGCGCAAGCACAGUCCUCGGGUGGCAACUCUACCUCCCUGCCCGCCGGAUACAGAUCUGAUGAUCGAGGCCAAGGACAAGGAGCAGGCCGUGUUCGAACUUAUGCGGAACUUUAAGCUCCCUGGAUAUGAGCGCAUCCAUAGCAUCAUUCCUAACGAGCGUGCAGACGAGCCAAGACCUCCGCCAACCGCAUCCAAAAUGUCAAAGGGAAAGAAUGGACGUCCGGGCAAGAAAAAGAAGGUGGAGGAAGAUGAUGGUCAUGUCAAGGUUGAGCUUGUAGACGACAUCACAGAUCCCGAUAAAUAUGUACCCGAGGGGCUGGGGUAUGAUGAUCCUACGAUUCUGCCUGCGAUAGAUUUGGAUGAUUUAAACAUGGGAGGUCCCGAAGGCCGGGUGUAUUGGCCGCCUGGUAUGGAGGACUGGCUCAGGCCACUGAAGCGAGACCAGAAGCGCAAGAUUGAGGACGUGGAGGAGCAUGACGAGUUGUAG